CGGUCACCGCCCCUGCAGAGGCGGCCACGUCCCGUUCCCCCCAGAGUUAAGGAGUCGGGGUUUGUGGUGCGCAGGGUCUUCCCAAGACAUGUCUGAGGUGAAAAACCGGAAGAAGUCGGGGCCCAAGGGAGCCCCUGCGGAGCCCGGGAAGCGGAGUGAGGGCGGGAAAAGCCCCGAGGGACCGGGCAGCGGAGGCGGGCGCUGGGCAGACCCCCGGACGGGCCUGAGCCUGCUGUCGCUGGGGACGUGCCUGGGCCUGGCCUGGUUUGUAUUUCAGCAGUCAGAAAAGUUUGCCAAGGUGGAAAACCAAUACCAGUUACUGAAAAUUGAAACCAGUGCAUUCCAAGGGCUUCAAAAUAAAAUCAGUUUAAUUUCAGAAAAGCUUGAGUCCACUGAAAGUAUCCUGCAGGAAGCUACAUCAUCCAUGUCUUUGGUGACCCAGUUUGAGCAGGAAAUAUCAAGCCUCCAAAGUAGCAUGCAUAAGACUCAAAGUAGUGAAGAGAUGCUCACUCAAAAAAUGCAAAGCCUUACUGAGAAGUUCCAGAAUGUUACUGAUUUCUGGAAGAGAAGCCUAGAAGAAAUGAGUGUUAAUACAGAUAUUUUCAAAUCAGAAUCCAAACAUAUACAUUCACAAGUCACCGCCCAACUUAACAGAGCUGAACAAGGAAUAAAGUCUCUCACCGAAAGGCUAAGAGACUUGGAAGAUAGCACCCUCAGAAAUGUCAGAACAGUAAAAAGACAAGAAGAAGAAGAUCUUCUGCGCAUUGAGGAGCAGCUGGGCUCCGACACAAAAGCAAUAGAGAGGUUGGAAGAGGAACAGCAUGCUCUUUUUGCCAGAGAUGAAGACCUGACGAACAAACUGUCCAACUACGAACCCAAGGUUGAAGAGUGCAAAACUCAUCUUCCAGCAAUAGAAAGUGCUAUACAUUCUGUCCUCAGAAUCUCACAGGAUCUAAUAGGGACAGAAAAGAAAAUGGAAGACUUGACUCUUAAGAUGUUUAAUAUGGAGGAUGAUAUGCUAAAAGCAGUGGCUGAAAUCAUGGAGAUGCAGAAAACCCUUGAAGGACUUCAGUAUGAUAACAGCAUCUUAAAGAUGCAAAAUGAACUGGACAUGCUAAAAGGAAAAGUUCAUGAUUUUAUAGUAUAUUCAAAUACAGGAGAAAAAGGAACAUUAAAAGAACAUAAUACAGAAAACAAAGAAAUUGACAAUGAUUUUUAAAUUCACUACAGUUAUCCUGAUGAGCCACAUGAGAAUAUAUAAAUUGAUUUAUUCUGUGCAUUUAAGGGUUUUGGUUUGGUUUGGGCGUUUUAUUCUUGAUUUUGGUGGGUUUUAGCCAUACCCAGCAGUGCUCGAAUCUUACUCCUGGCUUUGUGCUCAGGAAUCACUCCUAGGA